CAGCACUGAGCAGCCGGAGCCGCCAGGAUGCCGAUCCCUCCUCCCCCGCCGCCGCCCCCCGGCCCCCCGCCGCCCCCCACCCUCAGCCAGGCGAACACGGAACCGCCGAAGCUGAGCCGAGAGGAGCAGCGGGGCCGUGGGGCCCUCCUGCAGGACAUCUGUAAAGGGACCAAGCUCAGGAAAGUGACCCAAAUCAAUGACCGGAGUGCACCCAUCCUGGAAAAGCCCAAGGGCAGCGGUGGCAGCAGCUACAGCUCCGGCUCAGCCGCCAUCCAGCCCAAGGGCGGCCUCUUCCAAGGCGGCGUUCCCAAGCUCAGACCUGUGGGAGCCAAGGACAGCUCAGACAGCUCCACUAAACAAACACUGCAAGUCCCUGGCUCCCGAGCAGCUGCUCCCAGGCCCCCCGUGCCGGCCAGCAACAGCCGCCCUCAGGACGAUGCCGACAGCAGCCGGGGGUCCCCGCCGGAGCUGCCGCGCACUCAGAGGCCCUCCCUGCCUGACCUGUCCCGGCCCGGCAGCACCGGCAGCACCGGCAUGAAGCACAGCUCCUCGGCCCCGCCGCCCCCGCCGCCAGGACGCCGUGCCGCCGCCCCCCCGGCCCCCCCUCCAGCGCACGCCAAGGCCUCGCCCUACAACCGGGAGAAGCCGCUGCCGCCCACCCCGGGACAGCGCCUGCCUGGCAGCAGGGACGGACCCCCUGCCCCACCGCCCAUCAAACCCCCUCCUUCCCCAGUCAGUCUCCGGUCGGGCGCUCAGGGCCAGUCUCUCGCGCCACCACCUCCCCCUUACCGGCAACCCCCCGGUGUCCCCAACGGCCCUUCCAGCCCCAGCAGCGAGUCGGCUCCGGAGCUGCCGCAGAGACACAACUCCUUGCACAGGAAGGCACCGGGCCCACUGCGGGGUCUGGCACCGCCACCACCCACUGCUGUCUCCCCGUCCCUGCAGAGCAGCCGCCCCCCACCGCCGGCCAGAGACCCCCCAAGCCGUGGAGCAGCUCCGCCGCCCCCCCCGCCGAUGCUGCGGAACGGAGGGCGCGACGCCCCCCCGCCCCCACCCCCCUACAGACUGCACGGCCCUGCCGAGCCCCCCAGCCGGGGGAAGCCCCCACCACCACCCACCCGGACCCCGGCCGGGCCUCCGCCACCACCGCCGCCCGUGCGGAACGGGCACCGGGACUCCAUCUCCACCGUCAGAGCAUUCCUGGAUGACUUUGAAUCCAAAUACUCCUUUCAUCCCGUUGAAGACUUCCCAGCCCCAGAGGAAUAUAAAUACUUCCAGAGAAUCUACCCCAGCAAAACAAACAGAGCUACGCGUGGAGCUCCCCCUCUGCCCCCCAUCCCCAGGUGAAACCGGGCUGUGCAGGUGGAUUGUUCCAGAGCAGAGACAUGGACCACCUUCCCCUUCCUCAGCCGGACCCCUCCCAGCUCCCAGCCCCACGGAUCCUGCAUGACACGCUCCCAGCCUCUCCGGUUUUCCCAGGACAAGCGGAUCCCCCCAGUCCAGCGUGCUCCGCCAGCCCCACCUCAUCUAUGCAUCCCCCAGGACUCAGUGACCUCGUGGCAAGCCUGGAUGGGUCCAUCCCUCAUUCCUCCUCAUGGAUCCUGGGUCGGGAUCUGCCUGGGAGCCGGGCACGGGACUUGAGGCUGAACCAUGUGCCGGCUGUUGGGACCAGGGGGGCUCAUGGAGAGAGGCUGGGGUCAGGCAGGGAAUGGACAUGCUGUGAGACCCCCAGAGCGAGGAGAAGCAGGGACAGGCCAGCAGCACCUCAUUAUCCUGGGAAAGCCUCGUUAUCCUGGUGGAACCUUGUUGUCCUGGCACAACCCAUUGCUUUUUUGCACAGGAGCCAGUGGAGAUGCGGGGGGAACAUGAUUGGGACCAUGCAGGGACACCCCAAACCCCUUCCUCUGACCCCACAGGGGCGGCACCCCCAUGUGCCCCCCUCAAAACCACUGCUCCCCUGGCACUCCCCCCUGGGGUUCUCCUGGCUCUCACUGCUGACUCCCCCAAACUUGAGCAUUUUAACAAGAAAACACUAAUCACAUGGGGGGGCUGUUUGUGCUGGGUCUGGCGCAUCAGGGGGUACGUGGGGGGGCCCUGGGGGCCGGUGAUGUUUUGCCUUACACUCCCUGUCCAACGGGUGGUCCUGGCAGGACUGUCCGUGUUCCCGUGGCGGGGGUCACACUAACGUAGUUACUGAUCUCUUUGUACCAUAGCAGGAAGGGCACGGGGUGCAGGGGGGCCACCCCUGCAGAUGGCUUUGGGGCUCAUUCAGGGGAUUUUUUUCUAGGAUGGAUCUUCCCCUGUUGAGGCUGGAGCGAGGUGGGUGAGGGGUGAGUGGGGGGUUUCUCUGGAGAAUGAGCCCCCCCAGCGCUGCCCUCUGGGUUAAAUAUAGGUUCAACACGGUUCUGCCCCUCCGAGAGUGAGGGGCCCUUUUAAAAGGGAACAGAGGAAUUUGGACGA